AUUGUAAUGCAUAUAAUAUUAAACUUUUACUUACAAGAUUUUGUGUUUCCGUAGUCUUUCCGCCUUUAUAAUAAGUAUAUAACCUGUUAGGUCAGUAAUUGGAAUAAAGAAACCAGUCUUAAUUCCUGUGUGUCGUGACUGUUUAUUCAAUAUCCGAAAGUGAAACCGCCAAUUGCACCAGAUCUAGCCGUAACCCUUGUGAUCGUAAAUCAAAAAUUUGAAAUAACAAUACUGUCUACGUAAGAAAAUCAAUCUUUCUAAAAUCAACCGUAAAUAUGUGGAACGACCAAUCAGCGGCCGGAGGUGGAUUUUUUAAUUCUCCUAGCCAGUUUGGAAAUGCAAACACACCAAACCAGCCUCAAAAAACGGGCCGAAGAGCAUCUCGCACGGCACCCAUCGUAAUCCGCCAGGCACUGCACAGUGGUGAUGACGGUGUGAAGAUAUGGGGCACAGAAAUACAAAUAGUUUCUAUUGUAGCGAGAGUCAGGAACAUUCGGAUGCAGAGCACCAAAAUUACGUACACAAUCCAGGAUAUGACGGGCAGGAUGAGAGCUGUCCUUUGGUUGGACCAGGAAGCUAUGGAUGAGGAUGAUAAAUCUUCACCCAAAGUCAAUGUCAAUGACUACAUCCAAAUUUAUGGCAACGUGAAAACCAACAAGGGCAAAAAAGUGGUGAUGAUUUUUAAAAUAAUGCCCAUUACAGAUGUCAAUGCAAUUACAUUCCAUUAUUUACAAUGUAUUAAUAAUAAGGUGAAAAUGGAAGCAGAGUCAAAGAAGGAAAAACCUGUUGCCAACUCAAACUCUACAUUCAACGGUGGCCUGCCAGCCAAUUCCAUGGUCGGCGUGUCUGACAGUGGCGGCUCCGUAAACGGCCUGAACCCGCGCCAGAUGAUGGUUUUCAACCUCAUCCGGGCCUCCACACAAGAGCAGGGUAUCAGCAAGCAGGACAUGUAUGCGUCGCUAAAGGAACGCAUGCCGCAAGUCGAAUUCGAAAACAUUUUGGAAUGGAUGUGUGGUGAAGGUCACAUCUACUCCACUAUUGAUGAAGAACAUUUCCGAGCUACUGAUGCGUUUUAACUUAAGUAAUAAUUAUAUACUCUCUGUAACCCAUCUGCUGUUGAACGGCCAGUUAUUUUUGUAAUAAAGAAGCAAGUUAUAA